CGCUGCGAACGUAGUGAACAACACGCUCGAUCGGCCACUUGGGGCGUGACAGUAUCCAAAAUGGCGGGUGUUUUAUUUGAAGACAUUUUCGAUGUAAAAGAUAUUGAUCCCGAAGGAAAGAAAUUCGACCGAGUGAGUCGUCUCCACUGCGAGAGCGAGUCCUUCAAGAUGGACCUGAUUCUGGACGUCAACAUCCAGCUCUACCCCGUCGACCUGGGUGACAAGUUCCGGCUGGUGAUUGCAACGACGCUGCGCGAAGACGGUUACCCGGACGACGGCGAGUACAACCCCGCGGACACGGGACCCUCGAGAUCGGACAGCUUCGAGUACGUGAUGUACGGCAAGAUCUACCGCAUCGAAGGAGACGACAUUUCAGGCGAAACGACCAGGCUGGCGGCGUACGUGUCUUUUGGAGGCCUGCUGAUGCGCCUGCAGGGAGACCCCAACAACCUGCACGGCUUCGAGGUAGACAACCACGUCUACCUGCUCAUGAAGAAGCUGGCCUUCUAAGCGGCGCCUUCUAGGGGAGAGCUCAAGCGACCAACGUGUACUCCGCAUAUUCACGGCACCAAUCAUCGAUCCCACCUCAUUGGCCGUCUUAAGGGGCAAAUCCUUGCCCCUUUUCAUCUUUGUCGAUUGACUUUACAGUCACUGCCUUUUUUGUAAUUAAAACCGAGUCCUUGCGUCAGUCACA